AUGGCAGUGGCCAAAUUCCUCCACGAAACCCUCCUGUCCGUCUCACCGACAAAAGACCCCGUGGGCAUCUUCCUAGCGGUCAACCUAGUUGUCUGCCUUACAGUCCUCGUUUCUCGAAAAUGGAUCGCACACUUCAGCAAGUCGACGAGACCUGGCUCUCCCGAUCUAGAGAAACCGACAGCCAGCCCAGGCGUUAGGGAGAAGGUGACGAGGAAAUUCGGUGAAUGGACACCUUCUACUUUCAAGAGGCCUACCGCAAUGCCUUACUCUGACUGGGAUGUCCACAACACCAAGCCCAUCCCGUACAGGCCCUUUCGAUAUGGCCCAAAGUAUUUUAUAACACUCGGCUUGAGAAGUUUGAAAUGGGACGAAUGGAUAGAACUAGACAACCAUUACCUCAAAUACCACGCCGACAAGAAGGCAAGAAUCGAGCAACGCGGAGAAAAGUGCUUUGGAACCGCACCAGAGGCAAUGGACGGUGCCAUCGAACUACUUGAAGAACUAUGCACCUAUCUCCCAGAGCGCUACCCAAGCAUGUUCGAAAAGACCCCAACAGGAAUAACCAACAAAGUCACCAACGAAACCUUCAACAUAACUCAACGCCCCUUACCCGAAGACCCCAUGGCGACAGCAGCCCGACUCGUCCAAGACGACCUCGCGCUAAUGUUCGAACGACCCGACGGCGAAUACUACCUCCUAGCCGGUGCCAUCCUACUAGCCGGCUUCUGGCGCCUGAGCGACAAAUUCGGGAUGCGACUUUCCGAAAUCCACACCUCGGGCGACGUGCCUCAAUACCGCGAGAAGCUGGAAAAAGGCAUGAUGAACUUUUUCCGUCGAUUGAAGCCCGAAGAGCCCGUUCUGCGCAAUAAUUACUUCAUCCAGGUAGAUGAUAGUCUACCCUGGUCGCACAGUAUUGGGUCCGAGGACGCAGAGACCGUGUCGUGGAAUACGGCGCUGAAGAAUAAGGCUAUUGAGCAUCAUUUCUUUCGCUCUGAGAGGCAGUCUUUGAGGAGGUUGCCGAAGUCUGGAGCUGUGGUUUUUACUAUUCGGACGUACUUUGAGCCUAUUACGGAGAUUGUCAAGGAGCCUUAUGUGCCUGUUGGGGGGGAUGAUGUUUCGAGAUAUAAAGGGAAACAGAAGUAUGAGGAAGUGUUGUUGGAGUAUUUGGAUCAGAAGCAUGAAGAGCAGGUUGCGAAUGGGCUAGAGGUAGAGAAGGAAGAUGAAACACGGGCUUAUCCGUUGUAA